UUGGGCCGACAGGAAGAUCUCGUCGUCGCGCAACAAUGGCGUCAGUGUCAGGCGUCGUGAUGAAGCUGAGGAUCUUCUUCUCUCUUCUCGGGAUUCUGGUAGGAUUAUCCGUCGUCUUUGUCUUCGGAAUUAAAUUCCACAACUGGAAUAUUGCCCUCUGGGGCCUCCUAUCAGCGAUCCCUGCCUCAUUGACUUUCUCUCUUCACAUAUGUUACCUGAAAGGUGUUUGGCAAACUUAUCCGUAUCGACUCAAAUAUAUGGUCAUCACAGGAUGUUUCUUCCAGUUGGCAGGAAUUAUUGGUUUCGUCACUUACCUGGCAUUGGGAUUCUAUUUUCAACAAGGUUUACAGAUUUACGGGAAUGGUUACUUCCUGACCACAGUUUGGUGCUUCAUGACCUGGAAAUGGGGUCUCCUGCUCUUGUACUUCACUCGAUCUUACCGCCAGUUACUCUGUGAUGUUUACACUAUUUUGCCAACAGAAGCGCCACCUUUGAAUGGUGACGAUUGAGGUGGAAACGGAUUGAAGACAUAUCAAGUGGAAUCAUUCAGAACCAAAGUGUAAGCAGUCGUGUUGCAAUAUGUUUUUGUUGAAAAGUCUUCCCACUGCCAAACGCUGCUGCUGUUGCUGCCGCUGCUGCUGCUGUCCAUUAGUUGUUGUUGUUGUUGUUUGUUGUUGAGGUACCCUGUUGUUUGUUGUUUUUAUGUCUAGCCAUUAUUUCACGUUGAACACUGUUACAGCCACAGACAACAGCUGCCAUUCCUGGAAAACACAAAACUCCAAAAUGCUAAAAGGAUUUUAAAUUUCCAAUGUCCAAUGCUCGUUUCCUCCACCUUUUACCUCUCUUCCUAAUUCCUCUCCACAAACAGAUCCUUUAUUAGCUCUGAACCUUUUCUUACUAAAAUACUGUUUCUGCGUAUGUCUGUGAACGGGGCUUGAAAACUUCAAGCCCUGUCUCACCAGUUGUGGAGGAAUAGGGUGCCUGGAGACAAUCAGAAAAUGAACUGAUUGGAAUCUGGAUGAAGCUUGGAAAUUUUAGGAAUUUUCAAUUUUUUUAACUCUUCUGAAACAUUCAGAUUUGUAGCCAAAUACCAAAUUGAGAAAAGAAUCCUCCUAUCCCCCCCCCCUUUUUUUUAUUCUCCCUGUUGUUUCAAAGUUCUUUUCUUUAAGUUUGUCUUUUGACACUUUUGUUGUUUAAUUAUAAAUUGCUGCAUUUAAACUGUUCUAAUUUCAAAAAUUUAACCCAAAAUGCUGUCAGUGUAACUUUGAAGAGACUUGAACCAGUUUUAAAAUCCCUCGUAAUAUGAGAUUUGUGUCUCCAAACACUCUUAACGAGUCGUUAGCAGUAUAAUCAUCAGCAGCAGGAAUGGUGGCUAUUUCACUUUCUCUUCUGGUUUUAAUUAGACCAAAAUAUUUUUGUACAAUCAGUGCUUAAUUAUUCUCCUUUGCUGCUGUAUCUUAAUUUGCUCAUUUUUUUUUUUUUUAUACUUCAACUUAUUUUGUAAAGCAAAUUUUGAAACAAAAGAAUCCACACUAUUUUAGAUUAUCAAUUUUUCACCAUAAACUCUCCCUUCAUGGUUUUUUUUUAAUUUUUAAUCCCAAUCCUCAAGAAUUUAAGCCACAUUUAAUUUCAUUUUAUCAUCUCUAGUUUCCCAGUUUCAGAGCAUUUAAAAAAAAAAACUGUCAACAGUAUUUCUUGUUCCGAGUAAGAUACAAAUCCACAGCUAUUUUAUGAUCAUUCUACCCUCGUUUUUUUUUUUUUUAAACAUUGUGUGUGUGUGUGUGUAGAUAUAUAUUUCUAUUGUGAGCCUUUAUGAUAAUAUUUACACUGUAAAAAAACCAAAAGCAAUUAGAAUGGUUCUUUCUUUGGUUAAUGUUUCACAUCCUUCAUCUGUUAAUCUGUUCCACAUCUGUUAAUCUGUUCCACAUCUGCCAAACAUGUCGUCAAUGAUCGGUUUUGAAUGAAGAAGAUUUUAUUCUUGGCCAUAAGUGAAUCCACAAAGGCAGGGCAAGAACGGUUCUUUAUUAUUCCUAUAUACAUUGAAUCCUCUUCUGGCUAACGGAGAGAACUGCUCCGAAAGCCUUUAUGCUUUAUUUAAAUUCUGUUUGGACCUUGCCAGGGUCACCAGAUUAGCUCCGAAUGUUAAUCCGUUGUCUUAGAUUUAAAUUAUCAAUGGAUUAAGCUGGAUUACAGUGAAUGAAGUGUAGCUACUUUGUUGUAAAAGGAAACCAAGCCACAACGGUUGUUUUAUCCAAAAGAAUCUUCUUCGUUGUGUAUUCCAGGUGUGUUUGAGAAGUAAUUAGGCUUCGUUAGUAAUAUAUCUAUUUUCUGCUGAUUUCUUUGUAAUUAAUGUAAUAUUCACACAGUAUGAAAAAAAACAACCUUUUUGAUUACUUUAAAUAUUAAAAUGGUAAAAAAACAGCUUCCUAGUUCAAUGAGUUGUUGUUGUUAGUCUGUGAUUAUUCCUGGUGAGAAAUCUCUCGUUUCCUGAAAUUGUGUCGACAAAGUUUUUGUAAUUGAGAUUUUUAUAAAACCUAUAACUUGCUAUUAAACAGAGAUUAAUUAAUAGGAUCAGUUAUCGUAUUAGUGAAUUAUUAAUAUUAUUAUUAUUAUUAUUAUUAUCAAGGCGGCAAACUGAGUGAAUAAUUAGCACCUGAAACAAUAUGCUUGGUACCAUUGUUCUUCCAGCUCUUAACACUUUGUUCUCAAUUCAAAAAUCGCCACGGUCAGCUUUGCCGUUUGUCUUUUCAGAGCUGAUAAAAUAAAGUACCAGUCUUGUACUGAGGUUGGUGUUAUCAACUUGUUGGUCUUGUGUCAAAAUUUGAAAUUAUUAUUAUUAUUAUUAUUAUUAUUAUUAUUAUUAAGGCAGCGAGCUGGCAGAAUCGUUAGCACGCUGAGCAAAAUG